AUGGAUUUGUCCGAAUCAAUGGAGGUGGACAACGGGACGACGUCUGAGAAUCUGAAGCACGUUCAAAUAACAUUCUUCAGUAAAGACAAAGAUCUCCCUGAAAUCCCGGAUGCCGUGUUCGAUGUGCCGACAGUUGCCGAAUGCGACGAUUUGAACCUUCUUUUGAACAAAACAAUUCAAGCAACGGACGACGCAUGGAAAGAAAAGAAGUUCGAGUUUCUUGUAGGAGAAACUUUUCUGAGAACAAGUCUCGCUGAAUUUAUUGAAGAGUAUGAAGUUGAGACGGAAACUAUUCUGAAAAUCGAGUGCAUUAUUGGAAUCGAGGCUCCAAAGCCGCUCCACGAUAUUCAAGCACCGGAUUGGGUAUCUUCAGUUCAAGUCGCAAAUGGACAUACCAAAUCAACAAAUUUGUUCAGCAUUUUCUCCACAACCUACGGAGGAGAUAUUGUGAUUGUCGACAGAAAAGGAAAAGAAACCAAGUUAUCUGUGAACUCAGCAAAUCGCAUUCUCAAGUGCAGUGGAAUUGUUAGAACUACAAAAAAGGUGCAAUUGGAAGGCACUGAAUUUAUAGUUGGUGGCGAGAAUCAACUGUUGACACUUUACGAAAUUGAAAAAGGAGCACUUGUCGAAAAGAUCGUAUUCCGUGGACACGAGAGAGCCGUUGAGUGUGUCUCUGUGAAUUCUGAUGCAACACGCGCUAUAUCAGGUUCAGUGGACACGAAUCUAAAAGUUUGGAAUUUGGAUCCAUCUGACGAGGCGACCAUUUACGAGAAAGAAGAAGAAGAGAGUAGUGCUAAGAAGAAGAGGAAGAAGGAUACAAGAACAAAAGUUCCAAUGGUGACGAUUGGUGGACACCGGGAUAAGGUAUCGUCGGUUGUGUGGUGUCCGUGGAAGUCUGGCCACGCGUUCUCAUGUUCUUGGGAUCAUACAGUUGUUCAGUGGGAUUUGGAAUUAGCUGGAGAAGUGUCUCGUAUCAAAGGCCCGAAAUCAUUCACCAGUAUCGACAUUCAUCCAACAAGUAACCUUCUGAUCUCCAGUUGCACUGACGCCAUUCCACGACUCUACGACCCAAAAAAUCGAGACGGUGCAAUGGUAAAACAAUCAUUCAUCGGCCACCAGAACGGAUGGGUAGAGUCUGUGAAAUGGAAUCCGGUGGAUGAGAAUCAGUUUGUCAGUGUAUCGACUGAUAAGACUGCCAAAAUGUGGGAUGUGCGCUCUUCGAAGUCGUCUCUCUUUGACAUUCAUGGACACGAAGAUCGUAUUCUGUGCGCUGCUUGGAACGAGGGACUCAUCGCCACUGGAUCUGCCGAUUGUUCCAUCAAGAUUUUCGAAACUUCUUAA